UAAAUUUUGUACGCACCAAUAUAUCGCUCGAUUUUUGUGUUUUAAAUUUAAAGUAAUUAAAAGCCAUUAUUUUAAUAAUUUAAGAUAAGUGACCGGAAACGUAACUUAAAUAAAGAAUUUAAAAUAUUGCAUUUUUAAUCAGCAUACCACUUUGCACUUUUUUGGUUAGCUUAAUAUUGUUGAUGACCACUCCACAUUUUUUAAAUGCUGGUGACAGUGGAAAAGUGAAAGGGGAAGAUGAACAUGAUGGCGACUUGGCGUCUGCCGACUUGGAAGCUGAAUGUUUAGCCAGACAAAAAAAAGAACGCAAAGAGUUACAAGCUGAAAUCCAGAAACUGAAGCACACAGCUACGAAAGGAGACAAAAGGAAGAAGAGAGACGUGUUGGCACAGAUUGCCAUUCUUGAAAAAGAUUUGGAUGAGAAACAGCAGGAAGAAUUAAUUCAGAUUCAUAAUGAAAUGAAGGCCUUAAAAUUAACUGAAAUGUCACAAAAUGUGGAUGCUACAAUAGAUGGGGAUUUUGUUGAAAAUUCUGUUGUAGAUAUUGUCCCUAGAAUUUCAAAAUCUCAGAAACGACGGGUUUACUGUUUGUACCUGACACAAACUUGGAAUUGUUUGCGUAGCGGGUCCUACUGCCUGGCCAAGAAAGCACAGAAAGAAUGUGAGUUGAACGAAAGGAUCAGAUUGGAGGAAAAUGAACCAAGCAAUCGAAAAAUCGAGGAAAACCAUUUCAAACAAAUCCUCGACGACAGGAACCUUCAGAUGUACACUGUUCCUUCUGAUGGGAAUUGCCUGUAUGCCUCCAUGGUGCACCAACUUUCACAAAAUAACAUCCAAACAGAUGUGGGAUCGUUAAGAGAGCAGGUCUCGUUCUACAUGCGACAAAACGUCCAUGACUUCCUUCCAUUCUUCGUCCACGAACAUUCAGGAGAUCUCUUCACUCACGAUGAGUUCACGGACUACUGCAGCAGAGUUGAAGAGACAUGUGAAUGGGGCGGACAGGCAGAGUUGAAAGCUCUGUCGGACAUCUUCUCUGCUUGCAUUGAGGUGGUGCAGGCAGAUGUUCCCAGUCAUUUCAUCGGGCUUCAGUUUAAGGAUAAACUCUCCAUCAUCGUCACUUACCACAAACACGCCUAUGGUCUUGGUGAGCAUUACAACUCAGUCUGCCUCAAGGUGGACAGUGUCGAAUGCGAGACUGAUCGCCAGAAGAAUUUAUAGGAUCGCUUGUAGCAAUUGUAACAAUUUGUGGUUGUGUUGGUAGGGAUGGAUGGUGAGGUGAAUCUGAGAAGUCAUUUAUGUGAUUUUGUAUGGAUUUGUAAUUUUAUAGCAAUUCUAUUUAUUUUUGCAAAACUUCCGUCUUUUCUCAACGUCGUCUGUCAAUUCAUUUCUUUGUCUCGUCAAGUGUUCUAUUAUUUUCUUCAAAAUAUGCAAAGUAAAAGGUUUAUAAUUUGUUAACUUUUUUAUUCAAAAUUUAAUGAAAUUGUAACAAUAAACAUUUAAAUUAAUUGAUAUCAUUCGAAAUUAUUAUUUACAACGGAGUGAUUGCAUUGCAAGCAGAAUCAUGAUGUUAUGUUGAACCAGAGUUAGAGAAACUCUGGCCUCAAUGCCGCUAGGUUAAUUGAUCAUCAUUCAACUAGUUGUUGAAUGCAUUGACAUUUUUCAAAGUUGUGAUGAAGUUCGGGUGUCAGUGGUGAUGAUGGCGACGAAAGAAAAUCAAAUUAUAAGAAAGUUAGAGCUUUAAAAAUUGUAAAAAUAUCUUGCAAGAACAUACUUCAAAAACGUUAAAAAUCAUAAACUUUAGCGUAAAAGUGAAAAUGGACAAUCUGACGUCAUGAUGCACGUUUCAAACUUUAUCUCUCCAUCUCUAUAUUUAAUGACUUCAUAGGAACAAGAUGAAUUGAAAUAUUAAUGAAAAGAGAAUGUAAAGUUAUAUUUUGAGAGCAUGUGAUGUAACGACUUGGCGCGCGUUGCUUUUGCCAUAGACAUGGAUGUUAACAAGUCUGGAGAUGCACGCCGUUUCUAACUACAUUUCUGAGAAAUAAGCUUCUAUCAGUUGCGUUGCGGAAUGUUAUUAAAAAGCAACAAGAUUUUUCAUUGAGUUAGUAAGAAAUAUGGGACUAGCGAGAGUUUCUAUCGUUAAUAAUAAUCAAUUUAUAAUUCAUCUUUGUGGCUUUGAUUACAGGAAAAUAUAUUUUGUACACGGUUAUAUUAGCAUCUAUUAAAAUAGAGUUUUGGAUAGUUUCGUGGCAACCCUGCUGACCGCACCCGCAGCUUUGUACUUGAGACCAUG